CCACUUCGUCCACCAACUUGGUUGAUCUGUAACGACAUCAACUUCCAGAUCUUCCAGACUUCGACAACAAUGUCAACCAUCGAUCUAUACGCCGUCGCAGAUUUCUGUCUGAUACCCAUCGGGACGGGGGAACCUUCGGUCGCCAUCCAUGUCGCAGAAUGCCAACGCGUUCUCGAGAAAACGGGGCUGAAGUACAAAAUGCACGGAUAUGGCACCAACAUAGAAGGACCGUGGUCCGAAGUCUCGAAGGCUAUCCAUGACUGUCAUGCUGCAGUUCACGCCAUGGGUGCUCCUCGAAUUGCGACAGAUAUCCGUAUCGGUACCCGGGUCGACAGAGAAAUACUUCCCGGAACUGGUAACGAAGGCAAAGUGGCCCGCGUGGAAGAAAUCCUGGCUAAGGCCAAUCAGAAGUAGCAACGGAGACGGAUGCGAAGAAGAAUGUGCUGUGUGAUGUUCAAGUAUCUAGAUUGACUGUAUUUUCCGAACUUGCGUGUAUCUUCCGCAUUUGAUAUGCCUGCAUCUGGAUGCUAGCC